AUUAUUUUUAUGGCUGCAGGGUCCUGUUUCAAUCACUGGCGUCAGGCAGGCGCACGACACGAGCUCAAAGUCUUUCACCUUCUGCGUAUCGCCGUAAAUAUUGCGAACAACAAAACUAGGCUACAACACAUUUUUGAGAGUUUUAAUUUGCCAUCAACCUAAUAGAAGCUGACGGUUCUAGUGUCCUUCACUUGUGACUUUGAGAAGGUGUCUCCUUUGGACUUGUAGGACCUAGGCUACAGUCUUUUUUUUCACGCAGCGUAAGUAAUGGAAGAAAGACUAAAUAUAUUUUUAGGGAUUGGUUGAGUAACCCAUCGGGUUUCCCUAGUUGGUGGACAUUAUUGCAUACAUGGGAAUGGUUUGGUAGCCUACAUUGAUACAUUGUUACUUUUUUCCGGGCUCCACAUUUUGGAUUAAUCAUAAUAACACGCUACUUUUUUCUCUCUGAAUGCGUUCCAAAUACGAUGAUGUCAUCGACUCCACAUUUCCUCAAGUUAUGGCGGAGCUGAAGUUUUCUAACUUGUCUUGAUGACUGACAGGGGGCGCUGUUCUGAAGUCACCGUCCGCCAUUAUGAUACUCUUCAAAACGAACAGCUUCCAUAGGAAUUCAUGAGCGCUGAGAGCACUAGUGUUUGCUGAUGGAGCACCUCCAGGGAGCGUGGAAGACCCUGAGCAACGGCUUUGGAAUGAAGGACUCUGUGUUCGACGGCCCCUGUCUCUCCCCCACCAUGGUUCAGGGCUUUCCCUACCAGCGCCGCGCCUCAGACGACAGCAAGAUCCCCGACUCUAAGACCAGCAGCACCAUCCGAGUCUACCUCCCCAACCAGCAGCGCACCGUGGUGAACGUGAGGCCAGGUAUGACCCUGCACAGCUGCCUGAUCAAAGCGCUGAAGGUGCGGGGUCUGCAGCCGGAGUGCUGUGCUGUCUUCAGACUGCACCCAGGACAGAGGAGUAAAAAGUCACGUAUGGAUUGGAAUACCGACUCUACCUCACUAAUUGGGGAAGAACUGCUGGUGGAAGUUUUAGAUCACGUCCCCUUGACGACGCACAACUUUGUUCGGAAAACAUUUCUUAAGUUAGCCUUCUGCGAUAUAUGCCAGAAGUUCCUUUUGAAUGGUUUCCGUUGCCAAACAUGCGGCUACAAAUUCCAUGAGCAUUGCAGCACCAAAGUGCCCACGAUGUGUGUGGAUUGGAGCAACAUCAGACAGCUCCUGUUGUUCCCUACAUCAGGUGAAAGUGGGGGUCCAUCUCUUCCUCCUCUUACAUCUCGACGAAUGAGAGAAUCACUAUCCCGAUUCCCUAGCAGCUCUCUGCACCGCUACUCCACCCCUCACGCCUUCAACUACACGGCCCCCUACCCACCCACAGGGGGCACUCUGUCCCAGAGGCAGCGCUCCACCUCCACGCCCAACGUCCACAUGGUCAGCACCACCCUGCCCGUCGACAGCAGCAUGAUCGAGCUAGAUUGCCUGAAUGCCUCCCCUAGCUCCUGGUGCAGGCGCUUCUGGCUGAAGAGGAGAGUAGGUAUUGUUCGCUUCUCCAACUCUUUUCUUGAGGCGACGUCAGAGAGCCCAGCCAAGGAGGCAAUGCGUAAUCAUGAAGCAAUGCGUAAUCAUGACUCAGACGGGAGUUCCCCCAGCCAGAGUCCCACAAGCUGGUCUCAGUCUAAAACCCCAGCGCCAGACAGACGAGAAAGGGCUCCGUCAUUCAACGCUCAGGAGAAACACAAAAUACGUCCGAGGGACAAGCGGGACUCUAGUUACUACUGGGAGAUCGAGGCAAGUGAAGUGGUGCUGCACUCCUGUAUCGGCUCAGGCUCCUUCGGAACGGUAUUCAAAGGGAAAUGGCACGGUGACGUAGCGGUGAAGAUCCUAAAGGUGAUUGACCCCACACCGGAACAGUUCCAGGCCUUCAGAAACGAGGUGGCUGUGCUUAGGAAAACGCGACACGUCAACAUCCUGUUGUUCAUGGGCUACAUGACGAAGGACAACCUGGCCAUCGUGACCCAGUGGUGUGAGGGCAGCAGCCUCUACAAACACCUCCACGUCCAGGAGACCAACUUACAGAUGUUCCAGCUCAUAGACAUCGCCAGGCAGACAGCUCAGGGCAUGGACUAUUUGCAUGCCAAAAACAUCAUCCACAGGGACAUGAAAUCAAACAAUAUCUUCCUACACGAGGGCCUGACGGUGAAGAUUGGAGACUUUGGUCUGGCCACGGUCAAAGCCAGGUGGAGUGGAUCUCACCAGGUGGAGCAACCCUCAGGGUCCAUACUGUGGAUGGCUCCCGAGGUUAUCCGGAUGCAGGACAAUAUGCCCUAUAGUUUCCAGUCUGACGUGUACUCUUACGGUGUUGUUCUCUAUGAGCUGAUGACGGGAGAGCUGCCAUACUCACAGAUAGCCAACAGAGACCAGAUCAUCUUCAUGGUGGGCCGGGGGUACCUUUCUCCAGACCUCAGUAAGCUUUAUAAGAGCUGCCCCAAAGCCAUGAAGAGGCUGGUGGCUGACUGCAUCAAGAAAAUCAAAGACGAGAGGCCUCUGUUCCCCCAGAUCCUGUCGUCCAUCGAGCUGCUCCAGCACUCCCUGCCUAAGAUCAACCGCAGUACCUCAGAACCCUCCCUGCACAGAGCCUCCCACACCGAGGACAUCAAUGUCUUCACAUCAACCUAUAGCAGGCUGCCUGUGUUCUAGAACUGCAGUACCCAACCUGCCCCUCCUACCUGCUCCUGUUACAAAACAUACACACGUGUGCAUGAGUGUGCAUACACACACAUGCAGACACAUACGCAGACACACACAUGCAGACACACACACACACACACAGAUUGAAUAUCUAAGGCGUAGAGGAAGAGGACUGACUGGGGGGAAAGGUGACAGUGAAUGGGAUCAAUAUAGGAUUUCAGUCACUGAUUGAGUUGUGUCAGUGAAGGUUUUGGUGUGGAGAGCAGAGCAGAGAAAAACUACCCAUUGGGUUGGAGAAGAUGAUUGACAGUGAAGGAAAUUAUUGCCCAUUUAUAGGGUUAAUCAGAGGCCUAAUUUUCCCCAUGGCUAAUAUGGGUGCAAUGGACAGAUUGGCAAUGCAGUUAGUGAAAUAUGUGAAAGAAAGCACACCUACCUGGGGACAGUGAGGCAGCACCCUCUGUAGGUCGGGAACAACCGGAUGCACCCGGUUUUCAGGGGAAAUGGAAAGAGAGCCUGUGACACGACUUCCACUUCCACUUUGUUUGCUGGGCAGGUGGCCUAAUGGUUAGAGCGUUGGGCCAGUAACCAAAAGGUUGCCAGUUUGAAUCCCAGAUCCGACAAGGCGACAAUUCUGUGUGUGCAAUUGAUGAUAAAUGUAAUGUAAUGCUUUUGGACAUUAACAAGGCGACACUCCAUCUUAACUCCUCCUCCAGAUUUACUGGAUUGGUUCAACAGUGCAUAAAAUAACCUCCCCCGUCAGUGUUUUUCUCUCGUCAGGACCAGAAAGAAAGAAAUGCUGCUCAGGUGUUUCUUUUACGCCUGCUACUUUAGGUUAGUGAGGCAGAGACUUUGAAGGAAACGCAUGAGAGAGAGCAAUAUGUAGCUCUCUCUCUGCGCUGUGAAGCACACCUUUCUGUCUGACUGACAGGGACUGACUGCCUUGGUUUAUUAUGAAGAAGAGCUUCUCUAAGCUGACCUCCCUGAAGAGGAGAUGAAGCCUAGACGAAGACCCUGCACAACCUCACCUCCUAGGGUGAUUCUUAUCAAAAACAAACAGUGUGAUGCAAUCGUUGGUUUCGCAGGGGUAUUUGAUUGUACAUUGUCUUAAAUCAGAUAGAGAUAUUAAAUGAUUAUCAGUCUUCAUCUUCAUGCUUUUAUUCUUUUUUUAUUCAGGAAAAAUGAUAGCCUGUUUUUUAUGUGCACAUUUUAACUAAAGCUAGGGUCCAUGUGAUUGGUUCAUGGCUUUGCUGAGAGUUCUGAUCAGUAUUUACCCACACAUUUUAAUCAGCCUUCUCUUUGGGUAAACCAUCACAAGCUGGAUAUUAGGCAGUUGUCUUUAAUAUGUAAAAAAAUAUUUGAAAUCUAAUUUGCAUUUUGUCUGCCAUGUCUCUUUUAGGAGGUUAAGCAUUUUAUUGUAAACGUGGUGAGAAUGUUGUUUAUUCCAGGUUCUUUUAAUAAAAUUAAGUUAAACUAAA